CGUAUUAGUUUAGUAUAAGAAAAGAUAAGGAUGAAACCUCAUUAACGAAUAUUUUCCUUUUAAUAUUGCAUAUACUUAGGGCAGCCGGCUUGAAAGAAGUAUAACAAAAUUUUUAAAAUUUUAAAGUGGUUAAACUUGCUUAAAAACAUUUUCUAAUAAAAAAUUUCACACAUGCCGUGAAUUUCACAGAUACUCUUUCUUUUUUUUUUUUUUUUUUUCUUCGGAAUGUUUAACAUUCAGCUGCUUUUUUUUCUUUUUGCUCUCUUCUUUCAAGCUGGUCUUGCUCUCUUUGUUUGAACAGUUCUCCAUUAACUUAAAUGUCGCCCCUUGCAAUUUAGUUUAAAGAAUUCAUAAAGCCCAUAAAGCCAGCAGUCGCAGCAGUUGACUUUUCAUCGUCGCUGUAGUUGCAUCUUUGACGCUCGAAUUAGUAAUUUAGUGGAUGUAAAAGGUUUCCAAAUUAGUGUUUGUGCCUGUUAUAAAAAUUUUAUUUAGCUAAAGUUAGCAAACUAUACAUAUUUCUGUACAGAUAGUAAUGACCGUGGAAUGGGUAAAGGAUAUUAAAGGUUACUUCACCCUUAACAGCUUCAAUAUCGGCUAGACGUGUGCGAACUACAAGAAUACAGUUAACGGCCAUUUAAAAGGCGACUACAACAACAGCGCAUAGUGUGUGUCUCUACACCAAUUUACUACUGAUUGACGUUGAAGGAAAAACUUAAUUUAGCACAAUUUCUUUUUUACCUUGCUUGGAAAUACAGUCUUUCUUUCAUAAGUACCAUUUAACAAUGGUCACCAUGGAGAACGCUGAAGAAGUUAUGCAGAUAUUAGAUCGCUUUACUCGUUUAAAACAAAAGGAGAUACCUAAAGAAUUGGAUGAAUAUCUCGGCUAUGUAGCAAAAACGGGCGAUACCGUCUUUAAAUGGUCCAGUCUUAAAUAUUUGUUCCGUGAAAAACUUUUGAAUGUCAUUAAACAUUUUCACGACAACUCACCGCGUAUUGACGAAAUUCCCAAUUAUCCCAAUGUAGAUCCGUUUAACUACGAAAGUAUGAAAUCAUCAUUGCUGGAACGUUUGGAACUAUUUAAUGCUGCGCCCUUUACCAUACAACGUUUAUGUGAACUGCUUAUUGAUCCACGUAAGCAGUAUAGCCGCAUUGAUAAAUUCAUGAGAGCACUAGAGAAGAAUAUCCUUGUUAGUACCGUUGAGCCGGGACGUAAACGCACCGAAAGCGAAAAUGGAGAUUCAUUGGACUCGGUGGUGAACGGAGAUUUGUCAUUGGAUGUUAACGUCGACAUUGAUAUGGAGGCUGAGUCCUUAUUUAACAUGGAAAGUACUCAAAACACUCAAAGUUCGAACGGCGAUGUUAAUAAAGCUGACGUAGAAGAGAAGAAAGAGACUGAAGACAAAUCAAAUGAUAACAAUAAGGCAGUAUCGAUAGUUACAGAAAGCCUCAAUGUUCCACACAGAGCCGAUGAUGAUAUCUUACCCAAUCCGAAACGAGUCAAAUUAAAUUUACCUGAAGAAGAUGUGGACCUAGAAAAACAGUCCCAAAAGAAGGAUUUGGAAAAGCCUAAAAUGCUAACAGGAAGCGCAGAAAUUAAGAAAUCUGUAGAUAAUGUAGAGCCAAAAAAAGAAGAAAAUAUGACCUUGAGUGAGGAAGACGCGGAGCAAGUUAACAAAAAGGAAACGAAAAUUGAGCACAAGCAACAAGAAGAGAUACAGGAGAAAAGCAUUGAACAACAAGAGUCCACAAAAUAUCAAGAAAAUACAGAAACUGAUCAAGAAAAAACAGUGGACAGUAAAGAAACUAUUAAAGCUGACAUUGAGCAAACUGGUAAAGAAGAAAAUAAGAAAUUGUCGACUAUAACUGAAAUAGAAGAAACUAAAGAUAUUGCAGCUGGAUCCGAAGAAAAAAAAUUGAAAUCUACUGUAAACGAAGAAGACAGAAAAGAGGAAGCAGUUAUAGAAAAACAAGAAGUAGAGAAGGGAGAGAAGGAAGUAACUAAAGAAAGACAAGAGUCUGAGAACUCGGAAAAAGAAAAACAACAGGAAAGUGCCAAGACGGACACCAUAACACAUGAAGAAGGAGGUAAACAUGAAUUUUGCAGAGAAAUUAUUGAUUUGAUAAAAGAAGACAAAAAGAAAGAACAAAAAAAGGAAGCGGUCACUACUGAAAUUAAAGAGGAUAAAGCGGAGAACGACAUAAAGAAGAUAGAAGAGAGAGAGAAAUUAAAAACUUCCACGUUGAUUGAGGAAAAAAAAGAAUCUAAAAAAAUCACUGAAGUGGACGUCAAAACUAAGGAAAUACCAUCAACUUCUAAAACAUUAGAAGAGACAAUAGUAGAAGUAAAGGAACCCGUAGUUAUACUCGAGCCAGUGAAGAAAUUAUUGGAGGACAAUGCUGUAGAAGAGCAGGCGGAUACCGUGACGCAAUCGAUCGCUGCCACUGCCAGGGAGCAAGAAAUUGUAACUGCUUCUAUUACCACUAGCGAGACAACUGCUGCCGUACUGCCGUCAUUGACACUCAACGAUCAUCCUAUGAUUGAAGAUUUGGCUAUAGAAGAAGUACCACCUACUGUCGAAGAGGUAGUAAUGGCUGAACCGCCACCUUUGACAAAUGAAAUGACCAUUGAAGAUGUCCUACAAACAACACAUACUAUCGUCGGUAUGAAAACUUCCGCCACUGAAGAUGAACCAGCUGGUAUGGAAGUUGAUGACACAAGUCAAGAGGCGAUGGAUCAAUAAAAUGUUCUUGCCGCAUCUC